AUGUCUGUAAAAGUAUUUCUGGCGAUUUGCUGCUCUUUCCUCUGUAGUGUUGCAGUAAGUGUAAGAGCAGAUCUACCAGAAUAUUGCGGACCGCAAAACUAUGCCUACACUCCGCUAAGAAAAGAUCCACGAGGGGAGUUUACCGUGAAGCAAGCACACGUUGUUAUAAGGUUUGUAGCUCGCGACGUGCAAAACAACAUGUGUUAUGUUAAUUUUUAUUCUUCUUAGCUUUUAACUAUGUUCAAGACAAAUAAUAUGAGGAUAGUUAAUGGUAAAUCUUAGGUACGUUCUGUUUGGGGAAAAUUUCCGCAAAUUUUUUAAUGUUAAUUACCAUAAAAUUUUGUACAGUCGUCACGCAAUUUGCAACUAAAAUCUUUGCUUCAAUAUUCGGAUCGAAAGCGAAUGCGCUUUUAUAUCAUAUUUAAGUAUCAUACUGUAUCCAUCUAUGCAUAAAUCUCCAGUUAUUAUUAUUAUUUUUUGCCAAAGUCACUGCUAAAUUUCGUCAAUGCAACUUGCAACAGGUAAUUUGAGCUCAGGCUAAAAUAAGAGCUGAAAAGAUACAUGAUCCGGCAGAUCCGCUUAAAAUUUAAAAAAGUCCUCAUGUUUUCUAACAAAUUUUAAAAUCAUUUAAGCUCUUAUGUCUUGUUUGUCCCAUUGGUUUUCUUUUUCGAGCUUUUUCUACGUCAAGUGUUCAAACUUUUGAGACUGACCCUUACAGAUGUAUCUAUCAUGUGACUCAUUGAAGUAAAUUGAAAGUGUGCCAUAAUGUAUUUUUAUUUACUUGAAAGGCAAUUUUUCUUCUUUAAAAUCUCUUGUCAGUUUUUGAUUUCACUGCUGUGGAUUAACUAGAUAGUCAACCAGUAAACAGGGAAAAGUGUGAAAAAAAAAAAUCCAAGUUUUACUUUCCAGACAGAAUGCAGCCACAUCCUUGGGGUUUGACCACAGGCACACUUCAUAAUGCAGAGAUUACAUCAUGUAGAAAUAACAGGCUGACUGAAAAUUGAACAGUUGAGAAUCAUUGUCUUUAUCUUGAUUCUUGUAAAUAGCUAUAUGCUUGUCUUUUAUUCAUUUAUUAUUUAUUUUUAUUUGUGUGCUUUUUUUGCUUGUUAUCCAAGGGUGGAAUGUUUUCAUGACCAUUUGCUGACCCCAAGUUUGCAUUGAGCAUGAUUUAAACAGAGAAGGGUGUGGUUGGGGAGUUCCAGACGAAGAUGAUUGAUUUGCAGCAGUUUCAGUGAUAUAUUCAAGUGAAUGUUUAGAAUUACAAUUACCAGAAAUAGUGAACUUAAUGUGCUUAAACUGUUGGCCAGAGCCGUAGUUUAUCUGGGAGAGUGAUACCCCUAUUUAGGCUAGGGGCGAGCACCAUGUGGGACCCCCAGAGGAAAAAGGACUUCUUUCUGAUAGAGACUACGCCCCCGUUUGCACCACACAAAGCCAUUUCUCUCACCUACAAAAUUUUCUCAACUGUUACCUGCAAACUUCAAAGAUACUGUUUGGAGGCCUACAAUUUUUUGUUGGGUGAGAAAAUCCUCUGUUCCUUGACAGCUAUCCUUUGCUGGGUCAUCUUAUUUCGCGAACAUGACCAACUGUACGAAAAGUUUCACAUGCUCAGAUGCAAACAAGGUCACAAAAACAAAAAUUGGUAAUAAUUUUACAGUCAAGCCUCUCAGUACGGACACCUCUCUAUUAUGGACACUUUUCAAAUCCUGACAAAAUUCUUAUUAUUUUCCCUAAAAACUGCCUUUAUAAUACAGACUCUCUCUAAUCUGUGAAUUAAUAAAUUUAAAUGCAGUUUAAAGACAAGAGUGAGCCUAGUUUUAGCUACCGAACACUUAAAACUGUAAGUGGAGUCAUAAAAGUGACAUCAUCGUAGUGACCUCUUUUAUACGGACACCUCUCUAAUACGGAUACUUUUUUCUGUCCCUUCGGUGUCCGUACUAGAGAGGUUCGACUGUAUAUAGCGGUAAUUGCAAAUUUUGCAUUUCGGGAUUAACUACUUACCUGCAAUGAAAUUCCUGUAACCUGAACAUAUUUAGUUUGUGAUUUAGAACUGCAUCAAUCCAAGACUUGUUUUGGCACAAUUGAGUAAAUUAAGUUAUGAUUAUUAACAUAAUAAUUAAUUUUGAUAAGUUUAUAGAAAAUUUUUGUUAGAACCAAUCAAUAAGAGCCUUCCUUUGUAAGUAAGGCAAGCUGAGGACAUUGACUCUUUUUGGUUAUAUAGUCAAGACAUUUUGUUAAGAUUUUUAUACUACUACAUGCUAUUACCUAUGCUAAGUACAUUUUUAAAAAAAAUUACAACUAUUUUUUUUACGUUUUACAGCGUAUGUAAUAUGUAAAUGUAGAUACAUUUUUAUACUAAUUAAAGGUUAGUCAACAAUUUUUGCAAUUUUUUAAUUGCUGACAAUAUAAGUAAUAAAGUAAUGUUGUUGUUGUUUAUAAUUAAUCAGUAUAUUUUCACCCAUAGACAUGGUGACAGGACAAGAGCUUCAGCCAGUCCUUGUUGGGAUAAUGACACUGCUGAAUGGGAUUGUCUACUAUCUUCAGCUUCCAUUCCUACUAUCAAACAUGACACUCAUGAUAUAGAAGUUCUACGUGUUUAUAGAGAUGGUAAAGUAGUACAUACAUGUAGUUAUAGACUGGUUCUUUAAUGUUACUAUGGUGAAGGGGGGCCGGCUAUUUUGCUGGUGGGUCAUUUUCAAAAUAUUGAUUGGUUUUUGGGGGGUUAAUAUCAGAUAAAGGAGCUUUAAGUUAGUUUAGAACUUUGUAUCCGUUUUAACUGAGGAAAAUGCACUGUCUUUUAAACAGGAAUUAAAUCACAAAACCAGGACAUUUUUUUGACUUUUUCACGCCCAUAAAAUGCAUCUGUUUGUCUUUUUGCAUACCGAAAUGACAGAUUUCUCGAACCCUUUCAUAUACUUUGACUAGUGAAGUAUCCUAUCCCUUUCAUAUACCAGCUUAAGCCUGAAAAAGGUUAACCCCCUUUUAGGUGGACCCUCCCUGUGUAAUGUGUAAGCCAUUAUAGGGAGUACCAUCCCCCCACCCCUGGGGAGGGCCGGGGGUGAAGUGGAUUUGUGGGUGAUAAUAAUAGGCUGAGGAGGGGAGUGGGUAAACUAAUAUUUUAAAGAUCAAAGUUACAAGUAUCAAGAUGGAGACUUUUUUAUACAAGACUAGUAUUAUGAAACAUAUGCCACACCAAGGCCCAGUCACUUGACAAGCACUGCUUCCAUUUUUAUCAGAGGAGUCAACGAUUCACCCCUGGAUCGAAUUUGGGUGGUUUUUAACAAUACGUUUCUCUUAUGCAAAUUGCAGCUUACAUGGCAGGUCGUAAUAUCAUACGUGGGGAUUGUGGCUUAGGUCAUCUUACAUUCAAGGGCUAUAAGCAGGAGGAAAUGAAUGGAGAGAAUUUGCGUAAAGCAUAUGUUGACACUGGAUUCCUUUCUUCAAACUAUAGCGUACAUGAAGACUUCUUUAGGACUGAUGGUGAGUUAGUGUUUUGGUGUAAUACACUGUAAAGUGAGUUGAUAAGAAAUACUGAUGGUAGCUUCUACCAGUCAUAUUAAACUACCAUAAUAAAUACAUUAUUGUGAGAGGGUGUUUUCCCUAACUCUCUCAAAAAGGGCCUCCUCCACCCAAUUUCAAGAAUGGUUCACUCAAUAAAGUCAGGACCUUGCAAAUUUUAGACCAAUAACCAAUCUUGCAUGCAUUUGUGUCUUAACUCCUCUAAUGAGUCGCUACUUCCCAAACUAAGCACUAUAAAGUCAUAGAGAACUGGCUUCUUUCAAGACUACAAGCUGCAUACCAACCAUUUCACAGCACAGAGACCACCCUGUUAAGGGCUCACAAUGACAUUCUGCGCCCCAUUGACAAUGGGCAGGAAGUCAUCUUGCUCCUUUUGGACCUAUCAGCCAUAUUUGAUACCAUUGAUCACAUUUGAUAUCAUUGAUCCUGAUUGACAGACUCUGUACACAGUUUGGCAUCACCGGUGCAGUUCUCAAGUGGUUCAAGUCGUACAUAAUUUCUAAGGCGAUCCCAAAUUGUUGUUAUCAGAUCCACAGCCUAAGCUAUUGAUCUAAGCCUAAGCUAAGAGGUUUAAGCCCUUAUUCCUCAGAGCUCAGAGGAGCCUAGUACAGUACAGCUGCCAAUACAAAAUGUCAGCAGGGAAUUUUAUUGUUCUAUGCACUCCCUUGAGGCCCUUAAUACAGGGUGGCGAAGUGGGGGGAGGGGCUACAUGUACCUAUCACACGUCAUCACACUGAAUUUUUUUUCUGGCCAUCACGCAUCAAGGGGAAAAAUUAGUCAUAACGCAGCACUCAAAUGAGGUGCAAUUGCAGUAAGUUCGUACGGCAAUGUCUUAACCCAUUGAAUGUGGUCAUGCAGCCAAAUUUUAAUCAGCGUCCUUUUUGGGUAGGAUUGCACGUUAACAGUUAAUUGAAUGAGCAUAAUGGUACAAAGAAGAAGAAGGACCAGAAAAUGUCAUGACUAUCUGUUUUUGAUGUCUGUGCUUCUAGUUUCAAAUGAUAUUCACCAAUCACGGAAUCCAAAAAGAAAAUCACGCAUCGUGUGUUAUGGAAACAGUAAAUCAUGCACCACCCUGUUCUGUGCCCAAUUACACCUCAAGGGACUAAGUUUGGCCGGUUCACACAUCAUGCUCGUAAUUUAUAGGACACAUUAUACAUGACGAAACCCCUUUGCCACCCUGUUUUACAAGUGCUCUGUUAAGAUGUUACAAUGUUGAUACAGGUCAUCGAAAACAUGGAAAGUCAUGGAAUUUAAGAAUUUCAUUUUCAAGGCCUGGAAAGUCAUGAAAUUUAAUUUUCUGUCCUUGAAGGCCAUGGAAAAUUGAAGUUUUGUUUGGUAGAUUAGUUGCUACAGACGCAUAAUGCAAGGAUAAUGUAAGACAAAGAGGCGUAAUAAAUUAAACAGCGUGAAUGACAUGCAGUUUGGUGGAUACCAGAGUGUUUCUGUUUAACUGUUUUUAAACCUUAAAAGGUCAAAAAAUAUACUAAAACAAGUAAAGUUUUGAAAAUUUUCGGAAGUGACAGGUAAACCUAAGGUCAUGGAAAACUAGAAAAGGUCAUGGAAAAAGUCAUGGCAAAAGUCAUGNUAAUCAGCGUCCUUUUUGGGUAGGAUUGCACGUUAACAGUUAAUUGAAUGAGCAUAAUGGUACAAAGAAGAAGAAGGACCAGAAAAUGUCAUGACUAUCUGUUUUUGAUGUCUGUGCUUCUAGUUUCAAAUGAUAUUCACCAAUCACGGAAUCCAAAAAGAAAAUCACGCAUCGUGUGUUAUGGAAACAGUAAAUCAUGCACCACCCUGUUCUGUGCCCAAUUACACCUCAAGGGACUAAGUUUGGCCGGUUCACACAUCAUGCUCGUAAUUUAUAGGACACAUUAUACAUGACGAAACCCCUUUGCCACCCUGUUUUACAAGUGCUCUGUUAAGAUGUUACAAUGUUGAUACAGGUCAUCGAAAACAUGGAAAGUCAUGGAAUUUAAGAAUUUCAUUUUCAAGGCCUGGAAAGUCAUGAAAUUUAAUUUUCUGUCCUUGAAGGCCAUGGAAAAUUGAAGUUUUGUUUGGUAGAUUAGUUGCUACAGACGCAUAAUGCAAGGAUAAUGUAAGACAAAGAGGCGUAAUAAAUUAAACAGCGUGAAUGACAUGCAGUUUGGUGGAUACCAGAGUGUUUCUGUUUAACUGUUUUUAAACCUUAAAAGGUCAAAAAAUAUACUAAAACAAGUAAAGUUUUGAAAAUUUUCGGAAGUGACAGGUAAACCUAAGGUCAUGGAAAACUAGAAAAGGUCAUGGAAAAAGUCAUGGCAAAAGUCAUGUUAUUUGAAGAACUCAAAAGAGUACAAACCCUGUGAUAUUUCCCGACUGUCUGCGGCAAUAUAUAAUGACUACAUGAUGAAUAUAACUAGCUUUUAACUACUUUCUUGUUUGCAACUUGCAGAUAUGUCAAGAACAAGACAGGUAAGGUUAAACUAAUGACUUCCAGUUACGUGAUUAAUAAAAUUAUUUGAUAACAAUUGAACCUCCGUGUACGACCACCCCCCUAGGUGACUGCCUCCAAUAAGCGUCACAGGCCCAAAACAGCAAAAUCUUCUCAUUCAAAGCCGUGAAGUUUGAACCUCUUGUAAGCGACCGCAACCUGACUUUUUGGGGUACCUGUGUUUUAUAAUUUCCAAUUAUUGUUAAUCUCUUGUGAGCGAGUACUGCUUUACAGAUGAUCUGAUCUUUUAGUGACAACAUGGAACUACGCCUAGGUAACACAGAAAUAAAUUGCAUGCAAUGAAUUCUUUUCCAAAGAGUAGACAUGUGGGGACCUCUUCUUGGAAGAGACCCCAUGUGGUUUGAUUCAAUUAAGUGACCACUAAAUCUUUGCAUUAUUGGUGAUUGCUUACAGGAGGUUCGACUGUACUUAUUUAAAUUUUAAUUGAUGGCCAUUAUAUUCUGAAGAUAAAUAUGAUUGCAAGGUGCUUGUUUGUUUCCAGUCUGUGUUUGAUACUGUUAUAAGACAGUAAUUUGUCCUUAAGGUUAGUUGAGAGGCAUGAGCAGAGAUGCUGCAAGGUUUGAGAAGUGGCUAUUUUCAUCUCUUGCACAUAAUUUUCGCUUGAUGACCAAAAAAUGAGAGAAUCUUUUGUUUCUCUCCUGGUUGGCACAUUAAGAUAAAUAGGUGUCAUCACUAUGAGUAUUGCUGUGCUGUUAAGAAAAUCCUAUCAGGUGUAAACCAUUCAAAUUAGAAGAUCUUCAGCAGUGUACCGUCCAACCUCCACUAAUGACCACCCCUCCACAACAGUCACCUCUCUGCAAACAGCCACUUUUUUUGGCAGACAGUCCAUACAUUGACUCUUGUUUAGACCCCCCCCUCUCUCUCUCUCUGUACAACAUCCACCUCUCUGUAACGACUACUUUUUUCUGUCCCCAGAGUGACUGUUGAGGAGAGGUCCAACUGUACUCAAUCAUAAAUUCCCCUUGAGAUUUUGUUUUUGCCCAUCUUGAACUGAAAGGUUGUGUGUUUGGUUUACACAGUCAGCUCAGGCUCUUGGAAUAGGAUUAUUCCCACCACCAACACCAUCAUCAGGAAAAGCACAAGUUGUUGAUAUUCAUGUCAUGGAUAAAUUAUAUGAUGAUAUGGAGCCAAAUGCAAAGUAAGUUUUGUUAAUAACCCAUACACUUACAGGUUGAAACGAGGCUGGAGUUGACCUUUUUGUUUUGAUACAACCCUUCCUGCUUUAUUAUGCAAAUCAUGGUCUUAUGUUAACUAGGAGGAGGUUUGUAUCAAAACAAGCUCAACCUCAGCCUCACGUUCACUCAAAGGAAACUAAGCCCACAACUGAAAAAUGGCCUAUCAGGCAUCAGUCACUUUAUUUGUCAGCCAAAAAAGAACUAGCUUCUCUUUCUGAACAAAGUUGUUUGCCAAGCUGAGGAUUAAGCCGAUUGUAUGCAUGGUCAAAUAUAUGGUGGACAAAUUUCUGAAAAUCUAGUAAAUCCUGUGGUCUUAGAAUUCUAAGAAGAGCUUCGCUUUCUGUAAACUUAGCUGAUAUGUCUGAACCAUAUGGCCUAGACUUAUUUUGUCUUUGCUGGAAAAUACUUGAGAAUUAUUAUUUGUUAUAAAAUUAUGCUAUGUCAGCUUGUAGGUAGUGAACCAGCUGGCUAGAUGAGAUUGCAUUAAGUGCUUUUUGCGGAUGAGCUGCUCUGCUUAGCGAGGGAUUUUCGCAACUGUGAGGGAUGUUGAUUUAUCCCGAUUCAUUUCACGGCUUUACAGCCUAAAUAAGAACAACAAAAGUGCCCGUGCAAUGAACCAGUCACCCGCGGUAAAUCCCGCUCGCAGGCUAAUAGGGUCUUUUUCUGACAUUUUUAAGAAGUGAAACAAAUUAUUCGGCAAGUAUUUAAUUUGCGGGUCAAAGAUUCAUGGUAGAUACUCCAAUAUUUUUUUGAGAAGAGAUUAAGACGAGUCUAGUUUUAUAAACGAUAAAACAUAGUUUUGUUUGAGGUUUUAUUUCAAGUGACCGGUGGAAUGUGACCUGUACCCGAAACUUGUAGGGCUUUAGUUUAGAUUCUAGUUUACAAAAACUUCAUUUAAUAAAAAAGAAUACUCUAGAUUUGUCAGUUGUUAUAUAAAUAUUGUUAAAAUUUCUAAUAUAGAGCUGACUUUUUCAAUGCCUUACUUUCAGUCUUUGCCCCAAGUUGGAACAAUAUGAAAAGGAAUUUUUUGCGAGUGAUAUGUGGAAAAAGCAUUAUGCCGAAACAACUGCACCCCUGUUAACUGAGGUCCAGAAGGCACUUGGUCUGAAAUACACUUUGAGUAAGUGAACUUCCUGCGAUAUUUUGCUGGUUCUUUGAAGUUUUAUUCAAUUUAAGUCUGUAAUGACAACAGCUAAUGACUUGUGGUGCUUAAAGUUAAAGUCCACUUGUCACCAAUGGGACAAAUUUCUAACCGGAAACAACAGGUCUCCAUUCUGCAUUGUAUAAAGGAAGCCGUGUAAUUACUCUUUUCAAAAAUUCAAUAUAUUGUCAUUUCAUGUUGCUGGUAUUUUUGUGAAUACACAUGAAUGUACAUUAUAUAUAUAUCUCUUCUGUGGACCGGUUUGUAACUAAAAUUAGACUGCAAGGGUGGGUUUCUUUCUCUGCUGGUAAGGCGUGAUCUGUGAAGGGAGCGUAGAUUAAUGGAACAACUAAUUUUGGUUUGGUAUUAAUGACCAACGCAAAAUUAAAGUCGUUUUAUGGCUCUUGUAUGUUGUUUUAUCAUGAUUUCACUGUAAUGGCAGCUUUAAAAAAGAUUUACCUCAUAAGAAUAACGCCGCCUCUGGGUCCUUGUUCAUGAAAUUAGUAAUUUUAUCUACUUAUACAAAUUGUCACAUGUACCCUCAGCAAUCGACGGCUUGUUUCAUGUCAAUGAUUGCUUGAUGACCCACCUUUGCCAUGGUUUUGCCAUCCCAUCCGCUGUGACACAAGACUUGCUGGAUCGUAUUGCUACCGAGUUAGCAUACACGUCCUACUCAACAUUCAGCUACCCUUCCAUUCAAGAUUACUCCAGAGUUGGCAUCGGCUUUCUGAUUGCUGAGAUGUGGCAGGUACAACGUGUUAAAAACUGUAACUUGCUGGUUGUUUCUCCAUAAUUAUAACAAAAUUACAUACAAUAACAGUUAGGAGAAAAAAUAAAGAGGGCGGGGCUGAAGGCAAAUGAUAGUUGAACUAACCUGGUCUUGCCCUAAUAAUUAGAAAAAAAAUCUUUAACCUGGUGGAUACUAGAAGUAAAAAUGUUAAUAUAGAAAAAGCAGACGAAGGAAACGUCCUCCUUUCACAUUAUAAUGUUAUGCUUUGUAAAUAAUAAUAGAUCCUUUAUUUAAACACGAUCAGUGAUUAGACCUUUUAGUUGAAGUGCACUUAUUAUUAUUAUGAUUAUGAUUAUGAUUAUGAUUAUGAUUAUGAUUAUGAUUAUUAUUAUUAUUAUUAAUUAUACGUAUGAGUCAGGAUAUUUUUUAGAGAGAAAGACAAUGAGUUGGUCCCCACUUGAGGAUAAUAAUAAAACCAUUAUUAUUAGUUUGUCUUCAAACCGUUAUGUUGAUUAGAGGAAAGAAAAGAUGAAAAACGCCUUAUUUUAUCUCUGACUGUUUGUUCAUAGGCGAUGCAAGAUGUGAUCGCCGGAGAGAGAUUUGAAAAGUUUUAUCUGUAUUCCGGACAUGACUAUACGGGUACGUUGAGUUACUUAGAGGUGUUAGUUUGAAUCAGGGGUAGAAUGAAAUGACGAAGUUGCAGAGUUCCAAAACCACUCCCCCCUCCCCCCUCUCCCCCCCCCCCCUUUGCCUCUCAACAAAGUCUCACCAAAGUCUUAUUGAAGAGAGCCUUUGUGGAAGAAGGAAACUAAGAAAAUCAAUUUCGUUAUUUUGGUUUGGAAUCAGUGGGAAUCUUUGAUGGUUUAAGAGGCGACAUUAAAUUAUCUCUGUAGGAAAGUAUUAUCUCGCAAGGUUUUAAGCACUUUCUUAAGUCUACGUGGCCGCAUUCUACUGCUUAAUACUGCUCACUCCGAGAAACUGAGAUAUAGUUUGUUUUCUUUAUAUAGUUAUGCCAUUCCUACACGCCUUCAAUGCAAGCGAUUAUAAAUGGAGCCCAUAUGCCUCCAUGGUGCAGCUGGAGCUACUACAGGUGACUAAUGCUACGAACGUAGACUAUGCCGUAAGACUGCUGUAUCAUGGUCAGGAACGACGUAUCCCUUACUGCAGUGCCUCGCCAUGCUCUCUUGCUGAAUUCAGUACCUACGUGAAGACUAUUAUCCCUCAAGAUCCUGUUGCUGAUUGCCAAGUGACCAAGCCAGAAAUCAUGAUAGGACCACGCCCACCACGUCUUGGCAGAAAUCAAGUGCUGUUUUAGAUCGAGACACGACCAUGCAUGUAUUUUUGUAAGUCAAACUCAGCAUUGCCACCACGAUUUGACCGGAAAAUAACAUGACUGGAUAAAUCUGAUUCCACUUUCAUUAUGAGAUGAAUGUUUUUUUACAAUGUUACUUGUUAAAUCCAAAGUACUGAUAAAAAAGAGGAUUUGUCAUUCAGUCCGAGAUGAGGACUUGACGGUCAUAAUUUAGGUAAAUUAGAGGUAGUCAUUUUGUACUCUUGAUUUUAUUAAAUAAACUGCAAACGACACCAAC